AUCGGAUGUUUGUAAUAUUUACACCGAUCUUCAAACCUGUUACCUUACAUCCGCCAUUAGUCUCUGAACUUGAUGAGUGACUUUCCCGACUGAAGCUGAUCAAAAAAUUGUUGCUGGGUGUUUAAACUUAGCGAAGACAAGAUGACGACGGAGGUUCAGCCUCGUGAGAUCCGGAUUCUAGAGACCGCUGAAGAUAUUCAGGGCCGGAGAGAGGAAGUUCUAUCUCGCUACACAAACUUUAAAGAUGCAUGCCAGGACAGGAGGAAGAAGCUGGAAGAUUCCCGCAGAUACCAGUACUUUAAACGGGAUGCUGACGAACUCGAAAGCUGGAUCUACGAAAAAUUACAGACCGCUUCUGAUGAGAGCUACAAAGAUCCAACCAACCUGCAGGCUAAGAUCCAGAAGCACCAGGCCUUUGAAGCUGAAGUUGUUGCCCAUGCCAACGCCAUUGUGGUUCUGGACAACACUGGUACAGAAAUGAUUGACCAGGAACACUUCGCCUCCGAAAUUAUCAGGGCACGCUUAGAUGAGCUCCACAGACUCUGGGAUCUGCUGAUGUCCAAGCUAUCGGAGAAAGGCCUGAAGCUGAAGCAGGCGCUGAGACUUGUCCAGUUUAUGAGGGAGUGUAAUGAAGUCAUGUUCUGGAUUAACGACAAAGAGGCUUUCGUAUCAUCUGAGGAAUUCGGACAAGAUCUUGAACAUGUGGAAGUUCUACAAAAGAAGUUUGAUGAAUUUCAAAAGGAUUUACAAAAUCACGAAGAUAAGGUGACGGAGGUGAACACCCUGGCUGAACAACUCAUCACAGACGAACACCCGGAGGAGACUACUAUUAGAGCCCGCCAGGAGGAAAUAAAUGAAGCCUGGCAGAGACUGAAGCAACUAUCUCUUCUGAGACAAGAAAGAUUGUUUGGUGCCCAUGAAAUACAGCGAUUCAACAGGGAUGCGGAUGAAACUAUUGCUUGGAUUAUGGAGAAGGAUGUCAUCCUGUCAUCUGAUGACUAUGGCCGAGAUCUGGCUAGUGUACAGGCUCUACAGCGUAAACACGAGGGCGUGGAGCGUGACCUAGCCGCCCUGGAGGAGAAGGUGACAACACUGGGGAAUGAGUCGGAGAGACUGAUGGACAUUCACAAAGAUCAGGCCGGACAGAUCAGUAACAAACAGACGGAGAUUGUCGACAACUGGGAAAGACUCAAGAACAAGGGUUCAGAGAGGAAGGCACGUCUUGACGACUCCUACUACCUUCACCGUUUCCUGGCAGACUUUCGUGACCUCAUCUCAUGGGUACAUGACAUGAAAGCCAUUAUAUCUGCUGAUGACCUCGCCAAAGACGUAGCAGGGGCUGAGGCACUUGUUGAUCGCCAUCAUGAGCACAAGGGAGAGAUUGAUGCCCGAGAGGACAGCUUCAAGACAACAGCAGAGGCUGGCCAGAGACUGGUCAAUGCUGACCACUACGCUGCUGACGAAGUCAGAGAUAAACUUUCGGUGCUGUCCUCGGAGAAGUCUAGCCUGCACGAUCUGUGGGAGGAGCGCAAGAUUCUGUACGAACAAUGUAUGGACCUUCAACUCUUCUACAGGGACACCGAGCAUGCCGACGCCUGGAUGACAAAGCAAGAGGCUUUCCUGGCAAACGAGGAUCUUGGUGACUCGCUAGACAGUGUAGAGGCCCUCAUCAAGAAACAUGAAGACUUUGAGAAGUCCUUGGCUGCUCAGGAGGAAAAGAUCAAGCUGCUGGAUGACUUUGCCACCAAACUCAUCGAGAGCGAACACUAUGCCCAGGAUGAUGUUGCUGCAAGACGUGACCAGCUACUUACAAGGCGUACAGCUCUGUAUGAGGGAUCAGCCAAUCGCCGCCAGAUGUUGGAAGAGUCCUACAAACUGCAAACUUUCGAGAGAGAUUGUGAUGAAACCAAAGGCUGGAUCAACGAGAAACUAAAGACAGCUUCUGAUGAGAGCUACCUGGAUCCAACAAACUUGCAGACCAAAGUACAGAAACACCAGAACUUCGAAGCUGAGCUGGAUGCCAACAAAAAUCGGAUUGAGACCAUUCACCAGACAGGGGAGCAGCUGAUCGACGAGGAGCAUUAUGCCUCGGAAAACAUCAGAGAACGUAUUGAUGAAAUACAGAAGCUGUGGGAAAGUCUACUGUCGCAGACAGACAGGAAAGGUAACAAGCUGAAGGAGGCUAGCCAACAGCAGCAGUUUAUCAGGAACACAGAAGACAUUGAGUCGUGGCUUUGUGAAAUUGAGGGACAGCUCAUGUCAGAAGAUUUUGGCAAGCCGCUCCAUCGACAUGAUUUAACCAGCGUUCAGAACCUACAGAAGAAACAUGCCCUGUUGGAGGCUGAUGUCGCUGCUCACCAGGAUCGUAUUGAUGGCAUUGUGAUUCAAGCUGAUCAGUUUGUGGAAUCUGGACAUUUCGAUGCCGAGAACAUCAAGGCCAAGCAGAUACAAGUUGUACAGCGCUAUGAAACUCUCCAGGAACCAAUGCAUGAUCGUAAACAGAAACUGGAAGAUGCUCUCCACCUCCAACAGUUUCUCCGCGAUGUUGAGGAUGAAGAAGACUGGAUCAGGGAAAAGGAGCCAAUCGCGUCCUCUACCAACCGAGGUCGUGACUUAAUUGGAGUUCAAAACCUGCUCAAGAAACACCAAGCUCUACAGGCUGAGCUGGGAGGUCACGAGCCCCGCAUCAACAACGUGUGUCAUCAUGGUAAUGACAUGAUCAAGGACGGACAUUUCGCUGCCAAGGAAAUCAACCAGAAAAUUGAAGGCCUGCAGGACAAAUGGCAGCAACUGAAGGACAAAGCAUUCCAGAGAAAGCAGGAUCUGGAGGACUCCCUCCAAGCCCAGCAGUACUUCGCUGAUGCUAACGAAGCUGAAUCGUGGAUGAGGGAGAAGGAACCCCUUGCUGCAAACACCGACUACGGCAAGGAUGAAGACACAGCUGAGGCGCUCCUCAAAAAACAUGAGGCCUUCAUGGCUGAUCUAGAGGCAUACCGGUCUGUGGUGGAGGGUCUACAGGAGCAGUCUCAGGCCUGCAAGCAACAGGAAGCCCCUGUGGUGGACGACCUGGGUACAGAGAAGGUGAUGGCUCUGUAUGAUUACACUGAGAAGUCACCCCGAGAGGUUUCUAUGAAGAAGGGAGAUGUGCUUACUCUCCUAAACUGUGCCAAUAAGGAUUGGUGGAAGGUGGAGGUCAAUGACAGACAGGGAUUCGUACCUGCUGCCUACGUAAAGAAGCUUGACCCCAGUCUGUCGGCAAGUCGUAACAACCUGAUGGACGAGUUCACUAUAUCGGUCAGGCAAAACCAGAUAGAGACACAAUACGCCAAUCUGUUGGACCAAGGAAACCAGCGUCGUGAGAAACUCCAGGAGUCUUGUCGUGCCUACCAGCUGGUGCGUGAAGCUGCUGAACUGGCGUCGUGGAUCACUGAGAAAGAAAACAUGAUGGUUGGUGAUGAAGUCGGGGAGGACCUGGAACAGGUGGAGGAGAUGCAGAAGAAGUUUGAUGAUUACCAGAAGGAUUUGAAGCAGAAUGAAGCAAGACUCCAGGAACUGAACACAAUUGCUGACAAGUUGACGGCCAUGGGACGUACAGAGGCUGCAGAGAAGAUUCGGGAACAGAUCGCUACUCUGAACAACAGAUGGGAGAACCUUCAGGCAGUAACUGCAGUCAGGGCUGAGACCCUCGGGAGUGCCCACGAAGUCCAGAGAUACCACAGGGAUGUGGAUGAGACAAAGGACUGGAUCAAUGAGAAAGAUCAGGCCCUAAAUAACGAAAACUAUGGCCAUGACCUAGCUAGUGUACAGGCUCUGCAGCGUAAACACGAUGCCCUAGAGCGUGACUUAUCAGCUCUUGGAGAGAAGGUACGAGACUUAGAUGAAAGUGCCAAGCGUCUGAUGCAGACUCACCCUGACCAAGCAGAGCAGAUCUAUGAACACCAGACAGAAAUCAAUGAGCUGUGGAACACACUUACUGCCAAGGCUGAUGCUAGAAAAUCUAAGUUACUGGACAGCUAUGACCUCCAAAGGUUCCUAAGUGACUACAGAGACCUGACCUCAUGGAUCAACAGUAUGAUGUCGUUGGUGUCAUCAGACGAGCUUGCCAAGGAUGUGACUGGGGCGGAAGCCUUACUGGAGCGCCAUCAGAUGUUCAGCUCAGAGAUUGUCAGCCAUUACGGUAUCACGCAGCUGCCGACAGAGGAGGAGAUUGAGGAGGAGCUGGAACACCGUACAGAGAUUGAUGCUCGCUCGGGAACCUUCCAGGCGUUUGAGGUGUUUGGACAGAACCUUCUACACAACGAGCACUAUGCUAGUGAGGAUGUGUCCGGGAAACUGGAGGAGUUGGCCAAGGCUCGUGAGGAACUGGAACAAGCGUGGAUUGCGCGGCGGAUGAAGCUUGACCAGUGCCUCGAAUUACAGCUGUUUUAUCGUGACUGUGAGCAGGCAGAGACAUGGAUGCACUCUCGUGAAGCGUUCCUCUCGGGUGACGCUGUUGACGGUGACAAUGUGGAAACACUUAUCAAGAAACAUGAGGACUUUGACAGGGCCAUCAGUAGCCAGCAAGAGAAAAUCCAGGCACUACAAUUGUUUGCUGACCAGUUGAUCGGCGGAGAGCACUACGAUAGUAGCGCCAUUGCUGACAAGCGCGAUCAAGUGUUGGACCGCUGGACCAAUCUCAAGGAUGCCCUUAUUGAUAACCGCUCCAAGCUGGGCGAAGCACAGACCCUACAACAGUUUUCUCGGGAUGCCGAUGAAAUGGAAAAUUGGCUCCAGGAGAAACUACAGAUUGCCAUGGAUGAGUCUUACAAAGACCCUACCAACAUACAGAGUAAACACCAGAAGCACCAGGCAUUUGAGGCAGAGUUGGCUGCCAAUGCUGACCGACUACAAGCACUACUUGGCACUGGUCAAGCUUUGAUUGACCAGAAGCAGUGUGCUGGGUCGGAGGAUGCUGUCCAGGCCAGACUUGAGAGCCUCGCCUCACAGUGGGAGACACUAGUUGCCAAAUCUGCUGAGAAGAGUGACAAGCUGAAGGAGGCUAAUCGUCAACAGACCUACAACGCUGGUGUCAAGGACAUGGAGUUCUGGCUUGGCGAGGUAGAACAGAUGCUAGGCUCUGAAGAGUACGGAAAAGACCUGUCCUCUGUGCAGAACUUGCUGAAGAAACACCAACUUUUGGAGGCUGACAUCGCAGCUCAUGAGGAUCGUAUUAAAGACCUAAACACACAAGCUGACCAAUUCUGUGAUGCUGGAGUCUGGGACGCGGAGAGCAUUGAGACCAGGAAGAGAACUAUCAACGAACGAUACGACAAAAUCAAAGAACUAGCAAUUGUGAGGAGGACACGCCUGAAUGAAGCCAACACCAUGCACCAGUUCCUGCGUGACAUUGAUGACGAGGAAGCUUGGAUCAAGGAAAAGAAACUGCUGGUUGGCUCCGAUGACUAUGGACGUGACCUGACCAGUGUACAGAAUCUACGCAAGAAACACAAGCGUCUGGAUGCUGAGUUGGCUACCCACGAGCCUGCCAUACAGGCUGUUCAAGACACUGGAGCCAAGCUGAUUGAGGAAUCAGACAUCAACACAGCCGACAUUAAGGACCGUCUGCAGCAACUACAGGACAGCUGGGAGGAGCUCAAGUCCAUGGCAUCUAACCGUGGACAGAAGCUGGAGGAGUCUUAUGCCUUCCAGCAAUUCUCUGCUAGUGUGGAAGAGGAGGAGGCAUGGAUCGCAGAGAAACAACACCUCCUGUCUGGUGGUGACCACGGUGACACCAUGGCAACUGUGCAGGGUCUAUUGAAGAAGCAUGAAGUGUUUGAGACCGACUUCCAGAUACACAAAGAGAGAUGUGAGGAGAUCAAGAACGAGGGAGAGAAACGCAUCACUGAGGGUAACCACAAUGCUGAUAGUAUAGACCAGAGGAACAAAGGCCUACAGGAGAAGCUGGACGCCCUGGACGCAGCUGCAGCCCGACGUAAGGCUGGACUCAUUGACAACUCGGCCUUCUUACAGUUUAUGUGGAAGACUGAUGUCGUAGAGAGCUGGAUUGCUGACAAGGAGACCCAGGUUCGCUCCGACGACUACGGACGCGAUCUGUCUUCUGUGCAGACUCUCCUCACAAAACAGGAAACUUUCGACGCUGGACUGCAGGCCUUUGAGAAGGAAGGCAUCCAGACUAUUUCUGCUCUGAAGGAUCAGCUGAUUGCAGCUCAACAUGCUCAAACUGCUGCCAUAGAGAAACGUUACAAUGAUGUCAUCGACAGGUGGCAGAAGCUUCUGAAUGACUCGGAUGCACGUAAGCAGCGACUGUUGCGUCUCCAGGAGCAGUAUAGACAAAUAGAGGAUCUUUACCUCACUUUCGCGAAGAAGGCUUCAGCCUUCAACAGCUGGUUUGAGAAUGCAGAAGAAGAUCUCACUGACCCUGUUCGGUGUAACUCUGUGGAGGAAAUCAGGGCCCUACGUGAAGCCCAUGAUCAGUUCAAAGCUUCUCUGAGUGCUGCCCAGGCAGACAUCAACCAACUGGCCGCUCUGGAUAAGAGGAUCAAGAGCUUCAACGUGGGACCAAACCCGUACACAUGGUUUACCAUGGACGCACUGGAGGACACCUGGAAAAACCUACAGAAAAUUAUUAAGGAGAGGGAUGUAGACCUCAGUAAUGAACAGCAGCGCCAGGAGGAGAAUGACCAGCUCCGUAAACAGUUUGCCCAGGCUGCCAACGCCUUCCACUCGUGGCUUACAGAAACACGUCUUUGGCUACUGGACGGGGCAGCCAUGAUGGAAGGAUCUGGUACACUCGAGGACCAGUUGGAGGCCACCAAGAAAAAGGCAACAGAGGUGCGAGCACAGAAGGGCCAGCUGAAGAGGAUCGAGGACCUAGGUGCCUCAAUGGAAGAGCGACUGAUCUUAGACAACAGAUACACAGAACACAGCACAGUAGGCCUUGCCCAGCAGUGGGACCAGCUUGACCAACUCGGCAUGAGAAUGCAACAUAACCUUGACCAGCAAAUCCAGGCCAGGAACAGAAGUGGAGUAUCUGAGGACGCUCUGAGGGAGUUCAGCAUGAUGUUUAAACACUUUGACAAGGACAAGUCUGGUAAGCUGGACCACCAGGAGUUCAAGUCUUGUCUGCGAGCCCUGGGGUACGAUCUUCCAGUCGUAGAAGAGGGGGAGGUAGAUCCAGAGUUCCAAGCCAUUCUGGAUAUGGUUGAUCCCAACAGAGAUGGCCAGGUUUCCCUACAAGAGUAUAUGGCGUUUAUGAUAAGUCGUGAGACAGAGAACGUCCAAUCUAGCUCGGAGGUAGAACAGGCCUUCCGAGCUCUAACAUCUGGGGACAAAGCUUAUAUCACAGCACAGGAGUUGUAUGCGAACCUGACAAAGGAGCAGGCUGACUACUGUAUAGCUAGAAUGAAGCCGUUCGUAGACAAGACAGGUCGCGAGGUUGUGGACAGUUAUGACUACGCAGACUUCACGCGCUCCAUGUUUGUGAAUUAAUAGGGCUGACUGUCACACAGAUCUGUAGAGCUGUUUUCUAACCACUACUUAACCUGGAUAGCUUUUCCCCAGUAUUGUGUAUUAGCCAAUCUUAUACCUAUAUAUGGUCACUUGCACUGCCACCAGAAGAAGUAACAGUCACUCGUGUUUUUUUCUGGAGAAAAAACAACAACAACAUACAAACAGUUUGUCACUGUUCCUUGGAAAACAUUGUGUUCAUCAUCAACAACUUUUUCUUUGUAGGUUGUGAAAUCUGAAGCUUGUUAUUUGUGUAGACGUGGAUUACUGCUGUUGUUUGUCCAGUGUUAAUACUAACCCAUGAUUUGGAUUAGUAUUGUAUUACCCGUCACUACAGAACACACUCCCUAACCAGGAGGUAUGAAAUCAGUGACUUCCACUCUCACACUCUUGCUCCAGGAAAUGUCUGUAAUAUUUUGACAUGCUGUUUUAAGAUUAUUUUCGCUUCAGCUUUCAGCACAAUUUUUUUUUAUCAAUUCAUUGCACAAGUAUUUUACAAAUACAGGAUUAUGCUUGCUUUAUAGAAUUAAGAGGGAAAUGUGAGACCAUCCAUUGUAGUUUGUUUGUGGGUAAGAUACAGCCUGCCGGUCUUGUCUGUUGUUAGAUCUGUCUUCAUAUUAAUAUAAUAAACCUUCCAUAGAUAAA